AUUUUUUAUAGAUCAUUAUCAAGGGUUAUUGGAUUUAUCAAAAAUUAAUAUUCAGUCAGAGAUGACCGUGGCAAAAAACAGCAUCUUGCAAUCAGGAAAUGAAAUAAAUUAUGAAACAAUAAAACAAAAUAUCUCUAAAACAGUGUUUCCUAACUUAUACAAACUAUUACAGGUGGCCAUAACAAUACCAAUCAGUUCGGCUACAUGUGAACGAAGCUUUUCUGCAAUGCGCAAAGUUAAAUGGCUACGCACGAGUAUGCUGCAAGAAAAAUUUAAUAACUCUUCAAUAUUAUAUAUUGAAAAAGAUAUCAAUACUGAUAUUGAGAACGUUAUUGAUAUAUUUGCAAAUAAAAAUAGAUUUAUUGUAUUAAAAUAA